AUGGAUGGAUUUAAUCAAAAAGACCGACUUAAAGUUAAAACAAGGCGCAGGCAAUUAACUGUAACCUCCUUGAGUGAGGAUCAAAAAUCUGCAAUGAAUUCUUCUAUAGACAAUUUACAAAACGAUUUGGAUUUGGUCAAAAGUCAAUGGCAUAAUGUGUUAACGAAGGAUACAAAUCCAUUAGAAAUUGCAUUGGCUUUUUUGGAUACAACUUCUGUUGGAUUAGGUUACAGAUAUAAUGAAUUUAAUCAAUUAGAGAGCACUUUGGGUAAUCACCUGAAGGAUGUUGUAAAUGAGCAUUGUCAAGCAUUCAAUUCAAACGUUGCUUCAUAUUCAAAAACUGUUUCUGCUUUAACAGAUGCACAAGAGAGAACUACACAAUUAAAAAAAGAUUUCAAAGUAGUUUCAGAUAUGAUCACCAUGAAAAAAGGCUCAUUAGAAGAACUGGAUCAAAAAUACCUUCAGUACACAAACUUGCUUUCUUCAUUAUCACAAAUCGAAGAACUGAUGAAGAUUCCAGAACACAUUGAGGAUAGUAUUAGAAAAGAAGAGUACAGAACUGUUCAAAAAUUGAUUCAAAGAAGCUUCAUUAUAUUAAAUUCACCAAAUCUAAAAUCUCUAAAACAACUGGCACCUAUUAGGCAGCAAAUUGAAUUACAAGAGCACAUUCUUUUUGAAAAUAUUAUCCAAGAAAUCCAGUCAAUUAUUUAUUGCAAAAAAGGCUUACCUGAUAAAGACUCCAAUAUACUUAAAACUAUUAGUAUAUCUCAAAAUGGAUUUACAAGUUUAGAGAAUUACCUUUUUAAUAUCGCUAACAUUGAUAUCAAUAAACAAUCUGGAAUAUUAAAUGAAAACUUGGAAAAGUUUAUGAAAUUACUAGAUGAAAAUAAUGGGUUUCAAAAAACCGAAUUAAUUAAAGAAAAUAAUUCCCAACAAUCUGAUUAUUAUAGACUUUUUGAUUUACUGUCUCUUAUUAAGGGAACAAAUCGAUUGCCUGCUGCUUUAAGUAUUUUAACAGACCGUACUAAAGAGGAAAUUCACAAUAUCAUAGUGAAAUCUAUGGAACAAGUACGUAUUAAACAUCCUGCUUUAGUAAAAAUUGUUAAUAAUUCAGUUACGGAAGAUAUUUUUGGUCCCUCAGUGAAUCAGCUAUUUUCUUUAGUAAUGAGAGAAUGCUUUUGGGAAAUCUUUUUAAAACUGUUGACUGCUGUUCAAGGACAUAGAGCUAUAUUUGAAAUUAUUUCCUUUUUACAGAAUUCUCAGUCUAUUCAUAGCGUUUAUAAAUUUGAUAAAAUAUUAGAAAAGAUAUUAGAUGAAGUCAAGACUUUAUUACAUAGAUAUUUGGUCAACACACAAUUAGCUUCAAAUAGCCAAAAUAUUAAUAGUGAAGACAAAAAUAUAAAGAAUGAAUCUCAAAAAAAACAUUUUGACAAAAUAUUUUCGUUACAAGAUAACAUUGAAAUGGAUAUUCUUUCAAAACAAAAAGUCAGUGGUUUAAAAUCACUUUUAAAAGAUAUCUUUCUUGGAUUUACAGUUGAUUCAAAUAUUGAUCUAGAUAAUAUUUAUUUAGAAGAUGAUUCAUUUGAACAAGAAGAACCUUUAAUACCACCUUCUGUUUUUAACAUGAAAGUUAUUUUGGAACCAUUUUUAUUGUUUUCUCAAGCAUCUUCCAAUUUAAUUCCACCAACUCUAUCAACAAAAAAAUCUGUGUCUCCCCUUACAUUUUUCAAUAAAUUAAUGGAAGAAACCUUUUACCCUAGGUUGAAAGACACAUUAAAUCAUCUUUUCAUAUCUAAAGUCGAAACUAACAAUAAGUUUAGUAUAGAAACAAUAAAUGAUACAAAAGCAAUUCUUAAGUCCGCAUUUGACUUUCAAAAGCUAUUUUAUAACCAAAUUUCAAUUCUAAAUGCUUCAAAUACGUUUAGACCUAAUAUGGUUAGUUUAUUAUUAGAAAUAUUAUCGAAAUUCUUUCAAUAUAUGAAAAAUACUUUUUAUGUUAUAUUAGAUGGAUCAGAUAAAAACUUAACUAAAAACAUACUUAAAAAAUGGUUUACAGAUCACAAUUUGAUAAAAACUGAAGAAUUAAUUGUUGCAGGCAACUCUGAUCCCAUUAGUGUAGAAUAUGAUAUAUUAUACCAGCAUUUUAUGAAUUUUUAUUCAAAAAAUAACCAUUUAACUAAUAAUGAUCAUUUAAAUGAAAAUAUGUUUGACUCUCUAAUAUAUCUUAAUAGUACUUUGAAUUGGAUUGAAAGCUGGUUACCUAAACUAAGCAGAACCAUGAAUUCUUCAAAGGUUGAAAACUUCGAUAAUGCUAUAUUAAUAACUGCAGAUCAAUUAAGGAAAAAAUGGUCCUUUUUUGAAUUUUCAGACGUCAAUACUUUAGAUAAUAAAAACAUCAAUGCUUAUAUUCUUUUAGACGAUGAAAGUCUAACCAAAUUCAAUGAAAUCCUGUAUGGAUUCCAAGAUUUGAACAUCAAAUCCCUCAUACUAAUGAGAUUAGAAAUUCGCUCAAAAUGCAUUCAUAAAAUUGGUAGAUUAUUUAAUGGUAAUAAGGAUUGGAAUUUGGAAGUCAGUAAUAAUGAAAUUGAUUUGAAUAUAGCAAGUUUACUAUCUGAUCUACGAAGAAUAGAGGAUAAAUUAAACAAGCAAAGUACAAAAGAUGUUAAAGAUAUCGUUUUCAGUGGUAUUGAUGUGAUUAUCGAUAUGUCAUUUAUUAAAGGGUCUAGGCUGAUCUCUAUCAUAAAUCAAAACGGUCUCAAGAAAGUUGAAAGAAAUAUUGAUAUUUUACAACAUGGAAUUAGAAAUAUGUAUCAUGAAAAAAACAAUGUUAAAAGCCCCAAAAACAAUGCUAUUACCACAUAUUCAUCUGCCUUAGAUUUCUACUAUUUAAUUGGAUCAAAUGAAAAUAAUUUAAUUAAUAGGUUGAAGGCAGGUGAACUCUCCGUAUUUUCUUCUGAUGAUGUGAAGACAAUCUUAAGGUUACAAUUCAGCGAAGAAUUUGCCAAACAGAAUAAAAGGGUUAGUGCUAUGGCGGGAAAACCCCUUUCAAUGGCGAAACCAUUAAAUAGAAGAUACGAUACAGCAUUAAAGACCAUUGAAUCACUCCUCAAAUGA